CUCAGAUCCCUACAUACUCUUCCUUGUACAUGAAGUCAAUGCUGCCCAUGGAUAAACUCAAUAUGACUAUGAAUAUCCUCGAAAACCAAGUCACCGACCUCACAUACCUCACCGACUCACCCAUCUCCCCUGUCGCAUUGAACGCCGCCAUGAACGGGCAACGGCAGUCUUCGAGUGCGGAAAGUCCUGCGGAAACCGGAGCUGGGAGCGGAAAGAAGAGGAAGAACGACGACUCGAGCACGAAUGCGAAUGGAACCACACAUACCAGAGCCAAGAGGAAUAGAUACAUCUCAAUUGCUUGUAACGAAUGCAAGCGGCGCAAGAUUAAAUGCAAUGGAAACACGCCCUGCCAACGAUGCGGCAACCUCAAUCUCGAAUGCCAGUAUGCGCCAAACUGCUGCACAAAUGGCUUCAAGGAAUCCGAAGAAUUCCGUCAGAUGGAUCAACACCUAGCCUCGUUGCAGGAACAAGUCGACAGUUUAUAUGCCAAUCUCAAUGCUCUGCGGGCUGGAGGAGACAAUAUCUCCUACGUGCCGCCUUCAGAGAGGUCGAUGUCGGUAUCUCAACCGCCUCCAAUCUCUCCGAUGAAUCGAUACAGGCCUCCGCCGAAGCAUCCAUCCUUCCGAGGCCCAACGAGCUCAGCAUUCAGUCUGGAUGUGGCUAAGAAUACACUGCAUAAUAUGGGAUACCAAGGCUUGAGCGUGGAUGAGGGCAUGAAUACUCAAGAUGCCACUCCAAUUGGUUCUCCACCAGCCAUUCCACCACCUCCUUUGACCUCGGCUGGAGGCCCAAGCAGAGACCCAAUCUGGGCAUUGAGCAAGGAAGAAAUGAUACGUCUAUGCAGAGUAUAUGAAGAAGAAAUGGGACUCAUGUACCCGGUAAUCAACAUUGACCAACUCAUCAUCCAUGGCUCGAAUCUAUAUGAGUUCAUAGAUGCAGCUUUGCGAACUGGCCUUGCCGAUCCAUCUUCGCCAAAAGGAGUCCACGACGAGCAAUCUCUCGUACUGAAAAUGGUCCUUGCCAUCGCCAAUGUGGUGGAAGGAAAUGGCCGAAGUGAAAUUGGGUACAGGUUAUUUGAAAGUGUACGGGAAGCAGCGGACAGGACGCUGCAUAGCGAGGCGAUUGAGGUCAAAAGCUUGCCGUUCUUGGUCCUUGUGGCUAUCUACCACUUCCAUUGCGAUGAAGAAGCAUUGGCAUGGCGCAUUAUUGGACAGGUGGCUCGAAUGUGCAUUGAACUCGGCCUUCAUCGACGUGACUCCCUCUUCAAAGUGGUCACCGACGAAGAAGAACGUUCAUGUGUGAUUAAGUUGUUCUGGUCUAUCUACGUGCUCGAUCGGAGAUGGAGCUUUGGAACAGGCAUGCCGUUUGCAUUGCAGGACUCUGAUAUUGAUCCCAGUCUUCCGGAACCUGAACUAUCAAUACCGUAUCUCAAUGCGAUGAUAGCUUACUCUCGCAUCGGUUCGAAAGUCUGGAAGUCCGUCUGCUCCUUCUCUCCAAAUCCCUCCCCGACCUUGAAUAUUGAAGACAUCGGAUACCUCGAUUACCAAAUCCUCCAAUGGCAAAAGUCCAUCCCCACUGAGCUACAACUCCCUACGGCGUCUGCUCCGCCUGAAUCAUCUCGAGCUAUCCAUCGUCUCCAAAUUCUUCUCUACCUUCGAGCGAACCAGAUGCGAAUCCUAAUUUACCGCCCCGUCCUCCAUUCCGCAUCCUCCAUCCAAGAAAACCCCAACUUUGCAACCACAGUAGUCGAACUUGCCAAAGAUACAAUUCGAGCACUCACACACCUCAAUCAAACAUCAGACAUCUACCGUGCUCAGCAAGUCUGCUUCAAUUACUUCCUCAUCUCUGCCCUAGCGGUAAUCUUCCUCGCCUCCUGCCAUGCCCCAGUCCACUUCAGCGCCCUCUGCAGAGACGAAUUCUACAUGGCCCUCGACCUCGUGAAAGGCUUCUCCACUAAAUCCUUCGUCUCGAAACGGUUGUGGAAAACUAUCAAAGGUCUAAAAGAGGUGGGCCCAAAAUUAGGUCUCAGUCCUGAUGUCCACACAGCAACACAUCCUCAACUCAGCGCCGAGGAUCCGCAUUCCAAUGCUGCACUGGCAAUGGCGGGUUUGGCGGGACACGAGAUUAGUGGGAUGGGAAUCGGUGCCAGUGGAGGAUAUGUGGGUGCGGGAGCGGGAGAGGGCAGUCCGAUGAAUGGAUUCCAGAUGAGUUGUGAGAUGACGAGUCUUUUUGAGGCGGCGUUGGGGAGUGUGGGGAUGAAUGGUAAUGCGAAUGGAGCUGGGUCAGGAAAUGGAUAUGUGCCGAUUCAGGAUGGGGAUGCGUUGGCGGGGGUGGGGAGUAAUGUUUUUGGUGGGGACGAGGAGCUUUAUAGACAGUUGAGGGAUUUGUUCUAGGGUGGGAUGUAUUGCUAUGAUUCGAAGAAGGAGAGGAUGGGAAGCUGGAAGGAAUGUAGCUUUGGGCUUGUGGUAUAUUUGCUGGGAUAGAUAAUGAAUAGUGUGUACUUGCAAGUAUCGUUCUUGUGCUGAAUGUACA